AACCUGCUGCUCUAUAUCCUACGACUAGCUAGCUAGCUAGCUACUGUGUAGCUACUAGCGUACUCUACGCUGCAGCUGGGCAAGAAUCGACGACGCCACACGAUGACGACGACGAUGGCUUAUUUGCUCGCCAGUAAUAAGUGCGUGCUGCUGUCCCUCUCCGUCGUCGUGGUCCUCUGUCUCGGCGGCGGCGCCUCCGCCAUGGGCAGCCUGCCCCCGCCACCGCCGAUGGUGAACUUCAGCAUCGGCGUGCAGGGCGUGGUGUGGUGCAACACGUGCAGGUACCCCGGCUACUUCGCGCCCAUGGACGCGUCCCCGCUCCCAGGCGCGAAGGUGUACCUGCGGUGCAAACACGGGCUACGCGCGCUGACGGUGGCGGGGCAGUGCGGCCCGGGCGGCUACUUCCUGAUCCAGACGUCGCAGCAGGUGUCGGCGUUCACGAGCCAGCAGUGCCGGGUGUACGUGCCGCGCUCGCCCGUGCGCGCCUGCGGGGUGCCCGCCUACCCGGCGGGGCGCAGGGGGAUGCCGCUCAAGUUCCAGGAGUUCGUCAAGCGCGACAACGGCUUGCAGGGGAUGUACUCCGUCGGCAACCGCCUCUUCCGCCCCAAGAACCCCGCCAAGUGCUAGCUAUCUACUCACCGAUCGACCCAGAUCGUCCCUGUCCAUGCUCCAUGCGUACGUACGUGUAUCUGUUGAUGCAAGCCAGAGCCAGCUGCAUGCAGGGACAUGAAUAGUUUUCUUUAAAAGAAAAAUAAGCAAGCUAGGUUAAUUGGCUGUUGAGAUCGUUCAUCAGUUAGUCGGGUAAUUUUAGUUGCAGUUGGUCGUUAGACCGUUUCUGUUAUAGACUGAAUCAGUGAAACUAGUUUCGCUGCUGCUCGGUCGAUUGGAUAUAUUGAUGUACUCAUAAUCAAGAACGAUUGAGCA